AUGCAAUUUGACCAUACUGCUGCGGAACGAGCGAAGAAGCUGUACGAGCUAUGUGAUAUAGCUAAUCGUGGAUACGUCACUAGGAGUGAUCUAAGCAGACUUAAGGAGUAUUUAGAAUGCGAUGAUGAGCUUCUGGAUACAAUAUUCUCCAGCAUGGAUGUGGCGGGCGCAGGAUUUGUUCCGGUAGACUCAUUCGUCAGCAAAAUCGAUCAGCGACUGCUACCUAUUGAGCAGGCGACGAUGUUCUCACCCGAAGUGCUAUGCGAAGAGGACUCAGACGAUGAGCAACUGAACCAAUCGCUGCAAGCGGCCGGGGCGGAGAUACUAGCAAAUGAAUAUGGUCAGGUAUCAUGGAUAUGGAAACAGCUGAGACGCCGACGAAAUUCACUCCUUCCAGAAUAUGAAAAGGUUCUGUCAAAUAUUGUGCGGGAAAUGAAAGUUAUGCAGGAAGAACACAAAAAUAUGGAGAAUAUAAUUCAACAGAAACUCUCAGAGCAAGAGGUACAAAUGAGUGGCUUAGCUGAUGAAUUGGAACAACAAUUCAAGGAUGAGAAAGAUCGGCUUCUUGUAAAGGAGCAGGAAGAGGAACGUAAACUGAAAGAGGAACUGCUGAAGGAGUCACAAGUACAUGACCGGCUCCUGGUUGAGUUAACCACAAAAUAUGAUCAGGCCCGCGUUCAGCUGGAUGAGUUCAAUGCUGCUCGAGUAUCAGCAGUGAAGGAGAAGGAACAGCUUGCCCAAGAAAAUGACGAACUGAAAAAGCGCCUAACGAAGGACAGAAGUAUACUGAAUGAGUGCAAAGAAUACAUAGAAACGCUAAGGAAACGAGCAAAAGAAGACAAGAAAAAUAGAGCCAAGGCAGCAAUUGAAAUGUCAGAGAAUAUCGCAUUGGAGAGAGAGAACUUAGUCAGACAAAUGGACGCCUUGAGAGACAUCAAUAAAAAGCUUAUUGAAGAUCGGGAGAAGCGAAGCUUUUGUUAUCCGCUUGACCGCGUCCGAUAUGAAAAACGUGGAGACAAAUUACUUAUGUCUGAAACUCCUUGUCAUCAUACGGUUACACGGCAGAACCUGGAGGAGGAGGGGCCCUUGGUGAAACCUGUGGACAUCUUAGGCAAUCUCCAGACUAGCUGCCUGGAUCCGGGCUUGGAGAAUGGAAAUCCCCUACCUCAGCAGCCGAUCGAUGUUCGCCGAGGAUCCGUUUUGGGCGCUUACUUCAGGACCACCUCCACCAGUCAAGCUUCGGUUGGAAGUGAGUUGACGGAGGUUGAAGAAAUCAAUCAAGACGAAACUGACAAUGCGUUCAUUUCAGAUCACAAAGCAAGCCAAAAGUUCAACACUGCGGUUGCUGCGAACGGGCCAAACUGCAUCACCCGAUUUGACAGUCAAGACGCAAGCAUCAUGGGUCAACUUCAAAGUGAUUUGUGUGGUGCUACGCGAAUCUACAAGGUAACCUUAGUCGGCGACUCUGGUACUGGAAAGUCAAGUAUCUUGCGCCGGUUGAUCGGGAGUUCGUACAUAUCGACCUUACCAUCCACUAUCGGAGCCGAUUUUGGCACAAAAAUAAUAAACUGCGACGGUUCGCGUGUUAUUAUGCAGGUGUGGGAUACCGCUGGUCAGGAAAGAUUUCGGAGUCUCACUAAGCCGUACUUCCGUUGUGCUGAUGCCGCUGCGGUGGUCUUUGAUGGAGUCAGUAAAUCAGGCCUUUCGAGCUUGCGCGAAUGGGUGCACAUGGUGCGUCAGAACACGGAUCCAUCAAUCACUCUGCUGCUACUGUGGAACAAAUGUGACCUGAUAAUCAACGGGGAUGCGCAGUUGUGUAAGCUUAGAGAGGACUUUGAAAAAUUCACUCAGAAUUCAAAUGCACUCGGAUUUGAAGUGAGUGCCAAAACCGGCGUCAAUCUGGAGCACGCAUUUUCCGAACUCGCAAAAGCCCUGACUAGUCUGGAAGACUCUCGCUUUCAAAGUACCAUACAACCAAAAGAAAAAGACACUUUCAACCGCGGUGGAUGCUGCAUCUAA